AUGGGGCUGAAGCAUUCAACACCAGCAGCAAAUGCUGAUGCUGCAGCUGACAAGCAGCAGUCAGUAGCAGCAGCUGCUGGUGCUGCAACUGCGGAGGGGAAGACUGCAGCAGCAGCAGCAAGAAAAGAAGCAGCACGAGUGCUGUCGGGCGAGUCUGUGCCUCUAGCAGCAGCUCUCCCUAAUCUUCGUAGGUUUGGCAUGCGCCUGUCUGCAGCAGUAAAAGCAGCAGCAGCAGAAGCAGCAGCAGCAACAGCAACAGGCGAUGAACCCAACCCAGGCGAAACAGCAGCAGAAACAGCAGCAGAAACAGCAACAGAAACAGCAGCAGAAACAGCAACAGGGAGAGGACUUGGUGGGUCUUUUGCUGCUGGUUUAUGGAUCCCUUGCAUGCAAGUUGCUGCUCUCUUCUUUUAUACUGGACGCUGCUGGACACGACUAGGCUCGCAGUUCUGCCUUAAGCCACCAUCCAGCAGCAGCAGCAGCAGCAGCAGCAGCAGCAAUAACAGCAGCAGCAGGGGUGACAGCUGCAAGAGCGAGAGCAACAGCAAGGGUGGCAGGAAGAACAGAAGCAGCAGCAGCAGCAGCAAGGGGAGCCAUGAGAGCCAGGAGGCAGAACAAAAGGCGGCUGCAACGGCAGCAGGAGAAGCAGCAGCAGGUCCUGCUGCAGAAGAAGCAGCAGCAGCAGCUGCUGCUGCUGGCAUUAAUGUGAUUCUGCUGUAUCCUUGGGACUUCGCUGCGGUACUUGAGUGUUGUUCGUUGCUUCUGUUGCAUGCAGAGACAGGGGAACCCAUCAAUCCGCUGCUGCUGCUGCAGCAACAGCUGGAGCAGCCGCAGCAGCAGCAGCAGCAGCAGCAGCAGAAGCAAGAAUGCCAGCAUCCCUGCGGGCAGCCCUGCAGCUCUGUGGCUACAGGAAGAAGCCUUGGGGUGUACAUACACCUCAAGAAGAUGGGGUGUAGGCAGCAGGAAAAGAAACCCCCGCAGCUGCACACAAGCAGCAGCAACGACAGCAGCAGCAGCAGCGACAGCAGCAGCAGUGACAGCGACGGCAGCAGCAACAGCAGCAGCAACAGCAGCAGCCGGAACAACAGCGAGGACGAGGCCGUGUUGCCCCCCAAGAAGUACCGUCGAAUGCUUAAUGGCCGCAGCAGCAGCAGCAGCAGCAGCAGCAGCAGCAAAGGCAGCACAGGCAGCAAAAGGUUUCCUAUCUUCCUAUUUGAUGCAGAUUGCUGCGCUGCAGAAGCAGCCCUCUCCCUCCCCUUGGAGCUGCCUCGAGCAGCAGCAGCAGCAGCAAGAGCAGCAGCAACAGCAGCAGAAGCAGCAACAGAAGCAGCAGCAGGAGGCGAACCUCCAAAGCCAACGCUGGGACGGCCGCUGCGUCUGCUACCCUGCAGCAAGACAAAAGCAGCAGCAGCAGCAGCAACAGCAGCAGGAACAGCAGAAGAGAUGCUGCUGGCUGUUGAAUGCAGCGGCAGCUGCAGUUUGCUGCACUGUACCGGCAGUUUUAUUCUUGACUAA